GGUCCGGCGCCCGCGGCGGCCCAUGGUGCUGCUGCCGCCCCCCUGCCCCAUGGCGGAGUUCGCGAUCCCGCGGCACAGCGCGGUCAUGGAGCGCCUCCGCCGCCGCAUCGAGCUGUGCCGGCGGCACCACAGCACCUGCGAGGCCCGCUACGAGGCCGUGUCGCCCGAGCGCCUGGAGCUGGAGCGGCAGCACACGUUCGCCCUGCACCAGCGGUGCUUGCAGGCCAAGGCCAAACGCGCCGGUAAGCACCGGCAGCCCGCCCCGCCCGCCCCGGCCCCGGCCGCCGCGCCGCCGGCCCCGGCCCCGGCCCCCGCGCCAGCCGUCGAGGGCUCGGACAGCAGCGCCGCGGAGCAGAGCCGCACCAGCAGCGCCCUCAUCGCGCAACUCCAUGAAUCGGUGAAGAGGAAUCGGGAUAGUACUGGCUCCCCUCAGAAUGGAGAACAACAGAAUGGGUAUGGAGAAAUGUUUUCUGUGCACAAGAAACCUCGCCAUGACGAUACUCUUGGGGUUAGUGUCUCUUCCAAUGGGAUGCCUCCAUUGUCCCCACUGCCUCAUCUUGACAAGUCAUCUGGAGGAGAUGCCUUACAGCCCAAUGGAAAACAUUCACUGGGUCUAGAUUCCAUCAACAAAAAAUGUCUUCCAGACUCUAACCUACAUUCAAAUGGCAGCAGUAAUGCAAAUGAUUCAUUUCAAAUAAGUUUGAAUAAAGAAAUGAAACAAGAGCCUGUAGAUGACCUCCCUUGUAUGAUCUCUGGAACAGGCGGCUCUAUGUCUCAAAACAAUUUAAUGCCUGACCUAAACCUUAAUGAGCAGGAAUGGAAAGAGCUCAUUGAUGAACUUAAUAGAUCAGUACCUGAUGAAGACAUGAAGGAUCUAUUUAAUGAAGAUUUUGAGGAGAAAAAGGAUACAGAGACUUCAAGUUCAGCUACACAAACCCCAUUACCACAAGACAUCAAUAUUAAGACUGAAUUUUCACCAGCAACCUUUGAGCAGGAGCAGUUAGGGUCUCCGCAAGUAAGAUCCACAUCUUCAGGGCAGACCUUUAUUGGGUCCUCCUCUGUAGCUGUGAGUACAGCCUCCCCAGUUAUAGGGACCUCUCAGACUGGGUUCCAAACUUCUAGUCAGCCAGGGGCUGAAAAUCCCAAUCAGACUAUGAUGCAGGCAGCAAGCCAGUCUCAGAAUGUACAGAGGCCUCUAGCCAACGUAUUAUUACCUGGUCAGGGCUCUGGAGGGAGCAAAGAAAUGUCCUCUGCCCAUCAGCUCCAGCAGAUAGCUGCCAAACAGAAGAGAGAUCAAAUGCUUCAAAGCCAACAACAAACUCAGCAAGUUCACCAACCUGGGCAAAUGGCCAACUGGCCACCAUCUGGUCCUUCUCAUAGUCCAUUAGCCGUCCCCUACUCUGUGGAGAACCCAACUAGCCCUUCAGUUUACCAGCAAGAUUUCAAUAACCAGAAACUCAUGAUGUCCACCAUGACCAAUAAGAGUUCUCCUAGAACUGGAGGUACUUACCUCCAACCAAGCCAUGUAGGCCUGCUGACUCACCAGCCAAACACCUUGAAUCAAAACUCUGUGGCUGGCCAAGGGUCUAUGCUUGACUAUGGCAACACCAAACCUCUUUCCCAUUACAAAGCUGAUUGUGGACAAGUAUCUGGCCAAAAUAAGGCACCCAUGUUAGCUUAUCUGCCACAGCAGCUGCCUCAUAUGAAUGAAGAACAAAACGCAUUGUAUAUGUUGAAACCGAAGCCUGGAAAUAUUCCCUACAGACCACUGGUUCCCCAUAGCCAGGACCAGAACCCUUCUAAUGUUCCUCGUGCCCCAGUCUCUGUGCCAGCAUCGAGUGUUGGCACCCAGCCACCAGCUGUAUCCAUGGCAAAUACCCAUGGCACUGCUGCCUAUCUCAACACCCAACAACAAGCAGCAGCAGCAGCAGCAGCAGCAAUGAAGCAGCACCAGCUGUUGCUUGACCAGCAAAAGCAGCGGGAACAGCAACAGAAGCAGUUGCAGCAGCAGCAGCAGCAGCAUUUCCUGAUAGGGCAGAGACAGCAGCAGCUUCUGGCUGAGCAGGAGAAGCAGCGUCAGGAACAACAGUUUCAAAGACACCUGACCCGGCCACCCCCUCAGUACCAAGAGCAGAACCAGACCACUUACCAGCAGGUUGGACAGUUUACAGGGUCGUCAGCUGCCAUGGCCGGAGUGAGUAGCUUGGGUCCAUCCAACUCCGGUAGUCCCCGGAUGUUUCCUCAGAUGCAGAUUGGACCUGGACAUGGUUCUGUUUCCUCCAUUCCUUCGAAUCCCAGCCAACAGGAUCGCAGUGUGGCUCAGUACAGUGGCACUCAGAGCCUUCAGAGAGGAAGCCUAUACAGUGUGGCCCCUGGCAUGGCUCCGAUGGUCCCCCAGCACGCACCCCAAGCCUCCAAUGGGCAUGCCCACAUGCCACGGCAGCCCAGUGUUGGCCAGAGCAGCGCUGUGUCUGCUGGCUAUGGCCAGAAUGCCCUGGGCAACGCCGGGCUUCCUCCACAGCACAGUAAAGGGGCCCUGAAUCCCACUCUAUCGAAGCCCUCGCUACCCAGAGUGCCGGCUGCUGUGGGACCCCAAAAUCCAUCCUGGCAGCACCAAGGCGUGCCCAGCAUGAACAGCCAGCCACAGGCAGGCAGCGGGGGGGGCCCUUUUCCUGCCACCUCCACUUUCCACAUGCAGCAGCCCCACCUUAAGAUGCCCAGCCAGCAGUUCCCCCAGGGAGGGCCUCAGGUAAACCUGGGCACCAGCAGGCCAAUGACAUCCAUCAACUCUUCUGUGUCGGGCCCCAUGAUGUCCUCCAUGAGCACCCAGCAGAGGACAAAUACAUCUGCCCAGCCACAGGUGCCCGCUCAGCAAGUCCUGCCUGGGAUGAGCUCGGCUGUCCCAGACCUGACUGCAUUCAGCCAGAAUCCGAGCCAGCAGCUGGCAAACCGAGCCAGCAUGCAUUGUGGCCAGGGCUACCAGGUGAGGACAGCAAACCAGGAGCUCCCUUUUACCUACAGCGCUCCCCCGGGCAAUAGCGGCUUACAGAGCAUAACCGGCGACACUGAUCUCAUAGACUCUCUGCUGAAAAAUAGGACUUCAGAAGAGUGGAUAAAUGACUUGGAUGAGUUGUUAGGAACACAUUAACAUAGUGUUCAGGGUAUCCUGGUUCCGCUACAACCUACAUUUUGGUUCUUAACAUCAAGAACCAUUGGACCAAAAACCUGUGGCAUUGAAGAGCUUUGAAAAUAUAUUGGAAAUAGCCAGGAAAUGGACCCCUGUUGCUUCCCACUGAGCUUGAAUGCCCUGUUCUGAUGGCACCUGCAAUCCACAUCUCAUGGGAUACAUGUGGAAUGAGGUUGUACAUCUAGACAGGUGGGGCCCAUUGCAGUGAGCCUAUUCUGUUAGUGAUAUCACAAGGUAGAGAGAAAAACAGAAGGCUUUUAAAUGUACAUUUAUAUUGAAAAGACCAAAAAUGUAGUUUCAAAUUGAAGGAAAAAAUCAGUGCCAUUUUGUUGACUAAACCCAAUUUCUCCCUCCAUUUCCCAUAUUUUUAGAUGCUUGUUUUUUUUUAAUUGUUUUGUAGCCAGACUUUAUGCAAUUAGUUUCAUAAAUUUGGUAAAAGAUAUUUUGUCAAAUGUUAGGUUAAGUCACUUGUGGUUUUAGCAAAUCUGGAGACUUCAUCCUGUCAUUAAUGGCAAACCUUUAUUUUCAUUUUUAGAAAGGAGUGGGAUGAGAUGCAUAUAAGAAAAAAUCAUCAUUUUAGUCUACAUCCCCAACACCUCUUUUCUGGCUAAGAAUGGUGCAUUUGAGUAUCGGAUGGUAGGAGGUUUCUGCUCAUUGUUGAGAUGAAAAGGAAGAUUUAGCAUCAACUCACUGGUGGGUUGCCCUUGGACUUCCUUGUGGCUACUGACUUCAGUAGCCAGAUGUUGUUGCCAGGAAUCACUCAUGAAGGGACGCUGAGUCCUUCAGGUCUCACUUGUUUAAAGAGAGACUUUAUUUUGAGAGAGAUAAAAAAGGAUUUUUUUUUUGUUGUUGUUUUUGUUUGUUUUUUGUUAUUGCCAUUGUUUUUUAAGACUUGUUCCACGGCCCUCCUAAAAGGGAGCUCCUGUGCCUCAGGUGUGGAUGCUGUGGUGAGAUCCCGUUCUUGGGGCCGAGCCCAUAAAGAAGCUUCCUCUGCUAUAACAAAAGCAAAGAAAAGUCCAAAUAACAGCUGCCUGUGCUAUGGAAAUACAUUUGGAGUUUGUUUUUUGGCUCUUCUCUUAUCUUUAAAAGUCUCCCUUUAAACAUUUCUUGGCUGGUGUGACUGAGGACUUACCUGUCCCCAAGAAAAUGUAAAUUCCUUUGCAACAAAUUGCCAGUAUAGUAGCAUAAGCAUAGCAGAAAUCACCAGUGUGAUCAAUGACAGUUUAGUUCAUUCAGGGUAAAAGAAACAGUAAUAUUGAGGAUUCCUAAAUUCUCUUGGGUUAUCAAAACCUCCCUCCUUUAAUCCUCUUGAAAAUGUUUCUCAUUAAACAUAUAAUCAUUUUAGAUUUCCCAAAACCUGUAAACGUCCAGCUGCAAAAGCAAAGAAACUUUGUUAAAUAUUCAAAUUGGAAUAAAAACUCCUGAAGAUGCUCCUGGCCCAAUUACACAACUCUGAAUAGAGGAGGGCUGCCUCCCAGAGAUGGGGGACCAGAGGAAAAUACAAAGAAAGGCUGGUUUGGGAGCUGUGUGUGGGGAAGGAAUGGCACAGAUGUGAUAAUACAAUUAUAUUUUAUUGCUGUAUCUACAGUUCCUUUUAUCAGACAAGUUGCACUUUAAAAAAAAAACUGCUUUUUAACACUACUAUUUUCUUUAACCCUUUCUAUAUAUGCAUAUGAAAUUUUCUUUUGAGUCCCACAAACAUGCAUCAGAUAGAUCUCUAUGACUUCAGAUCCUUUUGACAGAUUUUUGGUUGUUGCCUGAUGGGGCUAUACUUGUAAAAUGAAGGUGAAUGCUCACCUCCCACCACAUCCAGCUGUUAACAGACCUUAGAGACUCUUCAGUGUGCCCCCAUUCAUUGUCUUAGAAACCAGCAAUGAAGUGCUGGUUAUAGAAUUAGGAACCAGAGAAGGCAUUUAUAAAGGUCAUCCGACAUUAAGCCUAAUCUUUGUUUCUCUGGGCUCUCUUAGCAAUAUUGUUUAUCUUUUUUGUUUGUUUGUUUUUGUGGUUGAAGGUCACAUUCAAAGGAAAACCUUAAUGUAAAAAAUCUCCGUCUCUUUCCAAGACAGGGUUUAGAAGAAAAGAUUGUAGCAUGUAAAUGUGGUGGAAAUGGUUUCACACCAGCAGUGCCUUUGUCAUUAGGGAUGCUUGGGACCUCAGAAAUUCAGCAAUAGCCAUGACCCUUCAUAGGGUGAUAUUCACCAUUUUCCCUUUUGAAAUGCCCUAAGUGGGGAAGGAGUCGGAAGGUCCAGGUCCUUCCGGCUUUUCAGUCCCUCCUGAAUUCUUCAGAAAGUAUAUUUGGCUCUCAAAAUGCCAAAUCAGCCAGAACUGCCAAGCAGCUGCCCCCAGUUUAUUUCCAUAAACUGAAAGGCUAGAUGGGCUGCUUUGGCCCCCUUACUACCAAAAAUAGAGCAGUCCGUGUCUGUACCUGGCACUGAGCAGAGCUGAGCAGCUUGUGCCCUCUCUCCUUCCGCCAAAGGGCCCCUGUCUGGGGCGCGGCGCUGCUGACCGGCCGGCUCGCUGCCCUCGGUUCUUAGACACGCGGCUGUCAAAUACGCAGUCGGGCUUCCCGUUUGCUUUAGCUUCAUAGCAAUAAGAUGCAACUCCUGGAACCCCCAGGGAACUACCCAUGGCUUUAUUUAUGAACUCUCGUCAGGAGGUAGGAAGAGGUAACAUCCUCACCUGCCAGAAACCAA